GAUCAUAGAUUUAUGUGAUGAGGACCCACAGGAUGAAUGUUUCAGUCAGAGAAUGACUAUUUGCAGUGCAUCCCAGACCUGCUCCAGUAAGGCUGUUACUGUGGAUGAUGAUGAGGAUUCUAAUGUUAUAUUUGUUUCAUACAUCCCACCCAAAUCAAGUGCUCAAACAGAUGAUGAGGAAAGGGAAAAGGAAACUGUGCCGGAUAGUACAAUGGAGGAAGAAAUGGAAGCAAAACUGGGUGAGGAAGUGGAUAGUAGACAGAAAGAAAAAAUGGGGAAUGGACAGGAAAUGGAAAACCAGGAAGAGGAAUUAGGAAGUAAACAAGAAAAGGAAGUGGGAAGUGGACAGGAAACAGAAAUGAGACAUAGGCAGGAAGAGGAAAUGUUAAGUUGCCAGAAGGAUGAAAUGGUUCUGGAAAACACAACCUGUCAGCUGGAUAUAACCAAUCAGGAAAAAGACAUUACUGAAGAAAUGGGAAGCAUUCAAUGUAAAGAGCCAGAUAAAGAAGAUGCAUUUCAACAAGUAGAAGCUAGUCCCACAAUACCGGAAAAGGAAAACCGGCAGGAGAGUGACAGGCUGCUGAAAAGAAGAUUUGGGAUCAGAGCAGAAGUGCAGAUCCAUUUACAAAGGGUCCCUUCUCCAGAGUCAAAGGCUACUCCAAAGAAGGUCCCUCAAAUUGGCUCAAUUAACAAACGUACUUUAGAUGGUAUCCGCAAACUAAUUCAGAGUUCACGGAUUGAGAUGAAAACAAAAAAGCUUAUUGAAACACAGGUCCCAGCUCCAAAAAGAAAAAAUGAAAGCAACGGUAAUGGUGCGAAGAAGAAGAAAGGGGAUCAUCAUGAAAACAAAGCUGAGAACAGUGGGAAGCCACCAAGUGAGCAAUGUGGAGAAAUGGAGCUUUCGUCAGCAAUAGGAACAAAUGGGGAAGAGGUGGAGACACCAUGUGAUCAACUUACUAUUCCUGCAGAAAAGACGUCAGCUUCCAUCUUAGGUAGCCCAGUUCCCAUGGAAGUGCCAGAGCAGAGACUCAACGCAGUGAGCAGUUCAACAGAAGAAUCCAAAAUAACUGCUGUACUGAGCAGCUGCCCUCAAGUGGAACCUGGAACUGGGUCAUCUGAUGCCAUCUCCUUACCCAAGUCAAGGAAAGGAAAAGGAAAACAAUCUAAAAUGUUGCAAGCUAGUGCAACCAUCAAGCCAUCAGCACCAGAGUGCAUGGAAAUAUGCAAUUCAGCUGCUGCAGAAAUGCAGUGUGGUUCGUCGCAGCCUGGGGGAACCAAAGCAUCCAAGGCCAUGGCUGCCGUGGUGUGGCCUGAACCAUCUCCACAGAAUACGGUAUCUGCUGUGGCAAGCGAGGGUGAAAAAGAGCCAGCAUCUAUAGAGAUACACUGCCCAUCAGAAUCAAGCGGCAGCCUCGGAGGAGAGCUUACAGGGGGUGAUGUUUUCUGUGCAACACCCAUGGACCCGGAGGAGAUAAAAAGACAUGAAAAAAUCAAACGGCUUAAAGAGCUUCUGAAGGAAAAGGAAGCUGCACUCGAAUUGAUCCGAAAUAAGAUAAUAUGAAUAUUAGUCUGCUUUUUGUUGUUUUAACAUUUAUUUAAAUCUGUACAUAAUUUAUAUAUUUAACUAAUUUCAGACCUUUGCUACAGUUUGUUGUUUAAAAAUAUCCUAUUGAGUUUCCUUUUUCAAAUGUGCUGCACCAUAAAUUUGGGAGAGAAAAAAAACGUGCAAACAUCUAGGCAUUUACAGUAAUGGGUCAGGUUGUAUUGGGUCAGGUUGCUCUUUGGUAAGAUCUGUUAAGUUCCACUGAGCUCAUAUAUAAGGUACUUUGAUGUUCCUGUGGUUGUAAUAGUUCAUAAAGUGUAUUUUAUUUGUACAUGUAACAUGCAAAUAAAAUAAUUUUCAUUUGUUUG